GACUUUCUGUGGUCGUGUCCAUCCACCUGAUGAUGCCUCCGCCUCUUUGUGCUGUUAUGCUGCAACUCUUCCUGUAUCGACGUCUUGUCUGGGAAUUUUCAGUCAUAUCUCUGAAUUUAUAUUUCUCAUUAAAGUACUUGAGGACGCACGGAGCUCAGCCUUGUCUCAACGUCUUCCUCCAUCAAAUGAAGUGCGUUUGGAUCGCGCGGCUCCAGUCACAUGCAGCUGUUUAGAUGUCAUCCACCUCAUCCUGCCCUGGAAGAAGUGACCCAUGUGACCCCUGAAUCUCUCCUUUAGCCACCAUGGGAUGUGGCACCUCUGUUGCCACAGAAACACAAGUGAAAAGACCGGAAACAGAUAAAGCAGUUAAAACACCCUGCCCAGCUUUGACCAUAAAAGCAGCUGUUUUGAUCCAGCGAUGGUACCGACGUUACAUGGCCCGUCUUGAGAUGAGGCGCAGGUACACCUGGAACAUCUUUCAGUCCAUUGAAUAUGCCGGAGAGCAAGACCAGCUACAGCUCUCCAGUUUCUUCAGUUUCAUGCUGGACAACUUCACUCAGCUUAAUGGAAACGGGCCAGACUUGAUCUCCCAGCUGCUGGACCCAGUGGUUGACCCCUGGUUAGACAGAGAGACCUGCUACAACUUGAUCUCCAUACCAGAGUCUUACACCGGACCCCGGAUAUCAUUUCCUCUCUCUGUCUCUGAUACAAAUGCUCUCCUAUGUGCAUUUAAGGAGCAGCAGACUCUCCAUGCCAGAUAUGUUCUGCAGCUGCUCUAUGAGACCAAAAAGCUCCUCAAACAGAUGCCAAACAUCAUCAAUUUGUCAACAUCCUACACCAAGGAGAUCACCAUAUGUGGGGAUCUGCAUGGCCGGCUUGAUGACUUACUACUUAUAUUUUACAAGAAUGGACUUCCAUCUGCUGAGACGCCAUACAUUUUCAAUGGGGACUUUGUGGAUCGUGGGAAGAAAUCAGUGGAAGUGGUAAUCCUCUUGUUUGCCUACCUACUGUUGUACCCUGACUAUAUGCACCUGAACCGUGGAAACCAUGAGGACCACAUAAUGAACCUCAGAUAUGGGUUCACAAAAGAAGUCAUGCAGAAGUACAAGACUCAUGGAUGUGAGAUUCUCCAGCUGUUUCAGGAUGUUUUCAGCCUUCUGCCAAUUGCAACAGUCAUUGAUGGGAAGAUCCUGAUCGUGCAUGGAGGAAUUUCAGACCAGACCGACCUGGACUUUCUUAGCUCCAUAGAUAGGCACAAGGUAAAGUCUGCCCUGAGGUUUCCCAGACGCAGUCUGGAGCAGCUGGACAUUGGUCAGUCCUGCAGACAUGCCAAAAGAAUGAGGUCGAUGGACAGCUCCCGUCCCAGCAGCAGUCACAGCUACAAGAGCCAAAGAACCCCCAACCAGAGAAAGAGGAGAUGCAGGCCCAGCCGACAAGACAGUGCUGCCUCCACUUCUUCCUCCUCCUCGUCAUCGUCCUCUUCUUCGCUCUGCUCUCCUCGAACUCCCUCCUGCCCCUCACCUCGUCCAUGUCCAUCUUCUCCCAGCAUGCAUUACAAUGUCCUGCAAGUGCCUUUCCUGGACUCUCUGUCUUCCAUUCCUCUUCCAUCACCUCCACAACACGAGAGAGACUGGAAACAGAUUGUGGAUAUAUUGUGGAGUGACCCUAAAACCCAAGAAGGCUGCAGCCCUAAUACCUUCAGAGGUGGGGGCUGCUAUUUUGGCCCUGAUGUCACCCAGAAAUUGUUGCUCCAACAUGGACUGCAGCUGCUCAUCCGCUCUCAUGAGUGCAAGCAGGAGGGAUAUGAGCUCUGCCAUGGUGGACAGGUGAUUACCAUUUUUUCAGCAUCAAACUAUUAUGAGGAGGGCAGCAAUCGUGGCGCUUAUAUCAAACUGGGCAGAGAACUGGUUCCCCGCUUCUACCAGUACCAAGUUAGCCGCACAACCCGUAAACUCACCCUGACACAGAGGGUGCGAGCUGCUGAAGGUUCUGCCCUCAGAGCCUUAAAGGAGAAGCUGUUUGCGCAUCGUUCUGAACUGAUGGCAGGCUUCCAGCAGUAUGACCAGAAUGACAUUGGUAGUGUGUCAGUCAGUGAAUGGGCUGAGGUGUUAGAAUCUGUGCUGAGACUGGACCUUCCGUGGAGGACUCUUCGCCUGCACUUAGCUCAUCUUACACCAGAUGGCAGCGUUGACUAUCAAUCCUGCUUUGAAGACAUGGGACCAGGAGUUCCUCUGCCUCAGGUCUCUCCAAACUUGGCUGAAACUCUGUUCAGAUACAGGACAGACAUAGAGAUCAUUUUCAACAUUAUAGACAAAGAUCAUUCAGGUCUCAUCUCCAUCGAAGAGUUUCGUCACACCUGGCGCCUUUUUAGUGCUCACCUGGGGGUUGCCAUUGACGACCGAGCCAUUGAUGAUCUGGCCCGUAGUAUUGACUUCAACAAGGACGGCAGUAUAGACUUCACAGAGUUUCUAGAAGCCUUCAGAGUGGUUCACAAACUGGACAACAAGGAUCAGCCACUCAGUGAGAAAAUGAACAGGAAGGAGUAUUCAUGAGCCAAAAAGCAGUGGAAGGAUAUUGGGAAAGCAUGAAUGCAAGAAAUAAAAUGUUUGGGUUUUUUCUGUUAUACUAUAUAUCCCCAAAAGAUUUUUAUUUGUUCAUUGUUUGUGUUGACAGCUGUUGGAUGGAUAUGCUAUGAAAUUAAUUAGCAUUUGAAGUUAUGUUUGCAAAAGGCAAGGUUCUUGAUAUUCAAGUACCAAAAAGAGGUUUUCUGAGAUAAUUACAAAUAAUUACUUUAGCUAAAUUAGAAUAUUUUAAUAAAAUGGCAAAUUAUUGAAUACCAACGUUGGUACUUUUGUGAUGACAUGAAACAUAAACAUGUAAUUAUGCUAGAAAAUGUUUCUUAUUUAUGUACACUGAUGUGUGCAGAUCUUGCUUCUAACAGCAGCUAAAGUUCCAGUAUUCUCAGUAUUCAUGAUUUAACUUCUGAUGUUUUUCUCAUUGUAAAAGUUUUGUUUUUAUUUGCGAGAUUUUAAGUUAUGUUUAUAAGUGACUUUUAGACUAUUAUGUUGUACUGUUCUAUGUUAUAUAUAGGUGUAUAUCUGAUAUCCUGCCACUUUGUUAUAAGUGGAUGGAAAAGUAAAAGCAUCACAAGCAUCUGUUAAAAUGUGCUGUAAAUCAAUGCAACUUUAACUAUAGAUAAACAUAUAAUAUUGACACAUUUCUGAUUACCAUAACUGAACAUUAUAUGCUUUAUGAAUUAUAUAGUAAUGUUCAGUAAAUUGGAUUGUAACAGUUGGCAUAUAUGUCUAUAGAAAGAAAAAAUUGUAGGAUACUAGUUGCAUAUAGUGUUAAAAAAAACUUAAGG